AAACUUCCGGUUGCUGUCAGGCAGCGCGAGUCGCGUGUUGUUUUCUUUCAGGACCACCUCGCGCGUGUAGCCAGGUGGAAUGGAAUCUGUAAUUUUGGACGAUUAAACAAGAAAGUUAUUGUUGUUUUUGUUCAUACUGGUUGUAAAUUGGCGGCGAAAUGGCCCUGUUUGUGUUGUACGAGCACGCCGCCGGAUAUGGGCUGUUCAGCGUGAAGGAGUUCGAUGAGAUCGGUAUGCUGCUGCCGCAGGUAGAGGCAUCGGUGAUGGACAUGGCACGGUUCAACUCCAUCGUGAAGCUGGUCGGAUUCCAUCCGUUCAAAACGGCCGUCGCCGCACUGAACAAUGUGAACGCCAUCUCGGAGGGUUUGUUGCCGGACGAUUUAUCCAGCUUCCUCGACACCACGCUGCCGAAGUCGGCAAAGAAGAAGCCGGUCACGCUCGGUGUGGCCGACGCGAAGCUCGGUGCCGCGAUCGCCGAAGCAUUGAACGUGCAGUGCUCGCACAUCGGGGCAGUGCCGGAGAUACUGCGCGGCAUCCGGCAACACUUUUCCAGCAUGGUGAAGGGUUUCAGCGAUCAGUCGGCUGCCGUGGCGCAGCUCGGCCUGGGUCACAGCUAUUCGCGCUGCAAGGUGAAGUUCAAUGUGCACCGGUCGGACAACAUGAUCAUCCAGUCGAUCGCACUGCUCGACCAGCUGGACAAGGACGUGAAUACGUUCUCGAUGCGUAUUCGCGAGUGGUACUCGUACCACUUCCCGGAGCUGGUGAAGAUCGUGCCGGACAACUACAUGUUCGCGAAGGUGGCCCACUAUAUCAAGGAUCGCAAAUCGCUCACGGACGAGAGUUUGGCCGGUUUGGAAGAGAUUACGAUGGAUGCGGACAAGGCGCAAGCCAUCCUGGCCGCGUCCAAGAUGUCGAUGGGUAUGGACAUCUCCAUGAUCGACCUGAUGAACAUCGAGAUGUUUGCGCUGCGCGUGAUCAAGCUGUCCGACUAUCGGCAGCAGCUGAGCGGCUAUCUGCACUCGAAGAUGACCAGCGUGGCACCGAAUUUGGCCACCCUGAUCGGAGAUCAGGUGGGGGCCCGGCUCAUCUCGAAGGCUGGCAGUCUCACGAAUUUGGCCAAGUUCCCCGCCUCGACGGUGCAGAUCCUCGGCGCAGAGAAGGCACUGUUCCGCGCGCUCAAGACAAAGAGCAACACACCGAAGUACGGGUUGCUGUUCAACUCUACGUUCAUCGGCAGGGCAAACGCCAAGAACAAGGGCCGCAUUUCCCGGUUUCUGGCCAACAAGUGUACGAUCGCGUCGCGUAUCGAUUGCUUCACCGAAACACCGUCCACCGUGUUCGGAGAGGCGCUAAAGUCGCAGGUCGAGGAGCGACUGAAGUUUUACGAGCAGGGCGAAACUCCUCGCAAGAAUCUGGAAGUGAUGAAGGAAGCGAUGGAGCUGGCAAAGCAGUCGGCCGUUCAGGAGUCUAAAAAGAAGAAGAAAAAUAAGCGCAAGCUAGAGGAAACGAAUGGAAAUGGGACCGAAAUGAAUGGCGACGGUGAAAAAUCGGCCAAAAAGCGCAAAAAGUCCAAGCUGAACGAUACGAACGACGGCGGUAACGAGGACGCGGCCGAUGCGGACGAGUCGACCCUGAAUGGUUCCGCCCUGCUCGACAACAGUACCGCCCAGCCGGACGUAACGAACGGCGAAGGGAAGAAGAAGAAAAAGAAGAAAAACAAGAACCGCGAUGCCGAGGUCGAAGCUUGAGGAGCAUGCGGAACACUACUACUACUUCUACUACUACUAUUGAAAUAAGCUAUUUUAGGUGUGGCGUUUACAAGUACACAGACACAGCAUAAGUAAUAGAAAGCAUACCUAAAUACUUACGGUAAAGCAGCAUAGAAUUGCGUGGUGGCCAGCCAAGCGAAAGGAGCCGAGGCCUUCCCCCAACACUACUGUUCACUGCAAAUGUAUUUCCGUUUUUUUCUUUUUUUUAUUCAAACAAAAUUUACUUCUUUUCCCCAAUUUUUGUAACUGGGGAGCCCUUCGUACAAUGUAUCGGAAUAAACUUUCCCAUAGAAAGACUA